AUGGAAAAACAACGAAUAUAUAACCUUUCACUUCUUGUUCUUGGAGUUGUUGUUGUUCUUGCUUCAACAGCAUUAAUCUUUUUAACAAUAUUUGGUCCAAUAAGAAAAAUGCCAAAUACUAAUAAAUUGAAUAGUUCAGAUUUAAAAUUCUAUAGUAAAACAGUCUUUAUGUUAAUAAUGAUUUCUCUUGCUGUUCUCUUUAUGGUAGCAGGUGGAAUGAUGAUUGCUACUUCUUUUGUUCAAAAAGAUUGGAUGUGUUUGCUUUCAUACAUUGUAAUUGGUUUAGGUGUUAUGUGUGCUUUCUCCUUCGGUGUCUACUUUGCUGUUACUUAUGGUUCUUUUGUUAAAACAACAAAUACCUCUUUAAAAACAUUAGCCCAUUGGGAAGAUAUUUUUGAUUGUUGUGGUUGGAAUGAAUAUCGUUCAAUGCCUCCUUGUGCUUCUGCUAGUGGCUCUACUUCUAGAAUUACUUGUAAAACUGUCACACAACCUAUUGCAGGUGCUUCUCUUCAAAAUCUUAUUGUUGGGUUCUCUUUCUUCCUUCUUCUUGUUGUUGGUAUUAUCUUCAUUUAUUUAAUCGGUGGUUCUUUAAAUUCAAAUGCUGGUUAUAACAAACUCGACCAAUAAAUCAGUUUUUCAUUAUUUA